GGCCCAAUUUUGUUUUCAUUAGGCCCAAAUGUGGAGAAACGGAAUAAGGGGUUUGGGAGGUUUCUGGGUUUUAUACGAAGUUGUUCAGAUCAGAGAGCAGAGCAACGCCAUUGCCAUGAGGCUCCACAAGCUCAUUACUGGGCAGCACAGGUCACUGGCCCAACUCCUGGGUCGCCGAUACUUCUCCGCCGCCGCUUCGACGGAGGAAUACGCAAAGAGGAACUAUGCAAACAAUGUUUCCGAGUACAAUACUGUUAUCGAUUCCGUCUCAGCUCAGAGAAGGCACUUCUUGUUGAGGGAUGUGUAUGAGGAUAUGGUGCUGGACGGUGUGCAGCCAACAAGGGACACGUUUCAUUCGCUCAUUGCGGGAACAAUGAAAGGGGCUCGGUUGCAGGAUGCUUUCUUCUUCACUGACCAAAUGAAGUCUAUGGGUUUGGUCCCUGAUGUUACGCUGUACAACAUUUUGAUCUCACUUUGUGGGAAGUGCCAUAACUCCGAUCAGGCUAUUCGGGUUUUGGAUGAUAUGAAGAUUUUCGAAGUAAAGCCAAUGGUGCAAUCCUACGUCUGUCUGCUUAAUGCAUGCGCAGCUGCUGGCCGUUUAGAUAGAGUGUAUGCCAUUAUUCGUGAUAUGACUGCUGCUGGCCUUGGGCUAAAUAAGUAUUGCUAUUCAGGACUUAUAACAGCAUAUAAAAACAAAACACCUGUACCAGAAGAUUUUGCAUCCAAAAUCAUUGAGUUUGUGGAGCGAUCAAAAGAGUGGACAUCAGUUGAAUCAUCCAGUGUCUCUGCUGAUAAUAUGAUGAUGGGUGUCUCUUUAGAGGAGUUAUAUAACAUGCCUACGGCCGAGUACGCUCAUCGGCGAGGGGGAUUUAUUAAUAAUCAACUAACCAUAUAUCACGUUGCAUUUCAUGCUUGUGCAGACCUCAAAAAUGUAAAGUUGAUGGAGACUCUUUCCGAGAUGUUACAGAAGGAUGGAAAAGUUCCUGAUACAUUUAUUACCAUGCAAAUUAUGAGGUGCUAUUUACACACUGGGGACAUUGACAGUGGUCUAAAAACUUUUGAAGACUACAUGAAUUCAGGGAGAUCUGCUCCAGCUGUGGAACUAUACGUAACUCUUGUGGAGGGAGCCAUGAUCGGGUAUACUCCCAAGGGAAUGCAGAUUGCACAAGACACGUUGGUAAAUAUGAAUUCCAGGGGAUUUUUCUUGAGCCCGAAGAUGGGAAGCGAUCUACUUCUUCAAGCUGCCGGCGAAAAGACCGGUGGCUAUACUAUUGCGAACCUUAUUUGGGACUUGAUGCAGACCCGCAGAAUAACUCCUACGCUUGCAGCAGUGCAAGCAUAUUACAAUGGCUUAAAAACACGCGAGAUUCCUGCAGACGAUCCUCGUAUUCUUCAGGUUACUCGAAUUUAUGAGAAUCUUCGCGACAGAUUUGGACCCGGACGAGCUAGCUAAGUUUGUUCAUUUUACAGAUUUUUUGUUCUUUUUUUUUUACUAUGAAUCUAGUUUGUUGCAGAGAAACACUAUAUUCUCAUCCUUCAUAGCUAGGAGUGAGAUAUUUUCCCAAUUAUAAUCCUUGUAAGAGGAAGGCAAAAAGUUGGAAGUUAUGGGAUAUAUUUGAUUAAAGUUCAGUUUUGUUGGA